GCGGCUUUGAAAGGAAGGCUGGGCGCGGCGCGGUCGGCUCUGCUUCGGCUCCAGCCCGCCGCCUACGUCUCUUCUCAUCUUUCUGGAAACUGUUCCUGUAGGAACCCGCUGAGCUCCGGAGCGGCAGGUGGCUCAGGCCACCGUCUCCGCCUGAUCCAUUCAUUGGAACCGGUCUUUCCUCCAAGUCCAAGUUCCUUGUGUGCUGCAGCUUGGAGCGGCGGGCAAGCGACAUGGAGAAGAGCAGCGAGACCAACGGCUACCUCGACGGCACUCAGGCAGAGCCUGCAGCCCGGGCCAGCGCGCCCGAGACGGCGGCUGGCAAAGCGCAGCGCUGCGCUAGCUUUUUUCGGCGCAACGCGCUGGUGCUGUUCACCGUGUCGGGGGUGUUGGUGGGCGCCGGCAUGGGCGUGGCGCUGCGGGAGCUGCAGCUCACCCGCACGCAGAUCACCUACCUAGCCUUCCCCGGCGAGAUGCUGCUCCGCAUGCUGCGCAUGAUCAUCGUACCGCUGGUGGUUUGCAGCCUGGUGUCCGGAGCCGCCUCCCUGGACGCCAGCUCCCUCGGGCGUCUGGGCGGCAUCGCGGUCGCCUACUUCGGCCUCACCACGCUGAGCGCCUCUGCGCUCGCGGUUGCUUUGGCGUUCAUCAUCAAGCCAGGGGUAGGCGCGCAGACUCUCCAGUCCAGCAGCCUGGGGCUGGAUGAUUCGGGGUCUCCUCCGGUCUCCAAAGAGACGGUGGACUCUUUCCUCGAUUUACUCAGAAACCUGUUUCCUUCCAAUCUUGUGGUUGCAGCGUUCACCACGUCUUCAACCAAUUACACAGUGGUGACCCAUAACACCAGCUCGGGAAACGUGACCUACGAGAAGAUCCCCGUUGUCAUCGAUGUUGAAGGGAUGAACAUCUUGGGACUGGUCCUUUUUGCCCUGGUGUUAGGAGUGGCUCUAAAGAAGCUAGGUUCUGAAGGGGAAGAGCUCAUCCGGUUCUUCAGCUCCUUCAAUGAGGCGACGAUGGUGCUGGUGUCGUGGAUUAUGUGGUACGUGCCUAUUGGCGUCACGUUCCUGAUCGGGAGUAUGAUUGUGGAGAUGAAGGACAUCGUCACCCUGGUGACCAGCCUCGGGAAAUACAUCUUCGCAUCGAUCCUGGGCCACGUCAUCCAUGGGGGAGUUGUUCUGCCUCUUGUCUAUUUUGCUCUGACACGAAAAAACCCGUUCAGAUUCCUCCUGGGCCUCCUCACACCGUUUGCAACAGCUUUUGCCACCUGUUCCAGCUCGGCAACCCUUCCAUCUAUGAUGAAGUGCAUUGAGGAAAACAAUGGCGUAGACAAGAGGAUCAGCAGGUUUAUUCUCCCCAUUGGGGCCACCGUGAACAUGGAUGGAGCCGCCAUCUUCCAGUGUGUGGCGGCAGUCUUCAUCGCCCAGCUCAACAACGUGGACCUGAACGCGGGACAGAUUUUCACCAUUCUGGUGACUGCCACGGCAUCCAGCGUCGGAGCAGCGGGCGUGCCGGGGGGAGGGGUCCUCACCAUCGCCAUCAUCCUGGAGGCCAUCGGACUGCCCACACACAACCUCUCUCUGAUCCUGGCUGUCGACUGGAUUGUGGACCGGACCACCACUGUGGUGAACGUGGAAGGGGACGCCCUUGGAGCCGGGAUCCUCAACCACCUGAAUGAGAGGGCAGUGAAGAAAGGCGAGCCGCAGGAGCUGCAAGAAGUGAAGGUGGAAGCCAUCCCCAACUGCAAGUCUGAGGAGGAGACGUCGCCUCUGGUGACACACCAGAACCCGGCAGGCCCUGUGGCCGUUGCUCCGGAACUUGAAUCCAAGGAGUCGGUGCUGUGAUGGGCUGGGUCUUGGGCCAGCCUGCUAGUCCCAGCAACCCACCCUGGUAGCCAGCCCCAUUGGCAUGGGCCAUGGCCCUCACAGACAUUUGUGUCUCCCAAGCAAUGCUUUGGCCCAAUCACCAAUAUGAGGGUGACCUCACAGCACAGGCAUGGGGCUCCCAGGACAGGACUGGUCACUUGAUCCAUGUCUCAGUGGUGCCAGAUACACCUUGAUUCUUUUUGGA